UAAUUUAAAAUGGUAUUGUAGAGAGAAACUGUUUUAACUUUUAAGCAAGAUGGAAUCAAUGAAAUGGUAUAACUUGUGUCACAAUUCUUGUUCGCAUAGAAAUAUUCCAAGACUGUUUCACAAGUAAAGUGAUUCCCUCCUUUAGUUAAUGGUUGGGAAUCAUUGCCUUGCUUCACAAAUUAUUAUUCCUAUCUUGCUUUAUUUGUGGGUAACUUUUUAACAUCAUAUAUAAAUUGCGUAAAACUUGUCCUUAUUAACCUUCUUUCUUCAUACAACCUGAACCUCUCUAGCAUUUUAAUUAUUCAAGACUUACAAUAUGGCUGAGGCUGUCAUUGAAAUUGUGCUUGAGAAAUUGAGCUCACUCAUCCAAAAAGAGCUUGGCCUAUUUUUCGGGUUCGAUCAAAACUUUAAAAGGCUUGCCAGCUUGCUCACUACCAUCAAGGCUACGCUUGAAGAUGCUGAGGAGAAACAGUUCUCGGACAAAGCUAUCAAGGAUUGGCUACAAAAGCUAAAAGAUGCUGCUAAUGUCCUCGAUGACAUCUUGGACGAGUGUGCGACUGAUGCUUUGGAAUUUGAGUACGAAGGACUCAAGUGCGGCCUACCAUACAAGGUACAAAGCUCUUGCUUAUCCUCUUUUCAUCCCAAGCAUGUUGUUUUCCGUUACAAAAUUAAUAAGAAAAUGAAAGGGAUACGAGAGAGAUUAGAUGAAAUUGCAGAAGAAAAGAAUAAGUUUCAUUUAACUGAGAUAGUUAGAGAGAAGAGAAGUAGAGUCCUUGAAUGGCGUCAAACCACCUCAAUCAUUUCUCAACCUAAAGUUUAUGGGAGAGAUGGAGACAAAGAUAAAAUUACAGAUUUUUUGGUUGGCAAUGCUUCUGGUUCAAAGGAUUUAUCUGUCUAUCCAAUUGUUGGUCUAGGUGGACUUGGAAAAACAACACUUGCCCAACAUAUCUUCAAUCAUGAAAGGGUAAUCAAACACUUUGAGCUGAGAAUGUGGGUGUGUGUUUCAGAAGAUUUUAGUUUGAAGAGAAUGACAAAAUCUAUUCUAGAAUCAGCAUCUGGGAAACCUUGCGAUGAUGCAGAUCUAGAGUUUUUGCAGCGAAAGCUUCUAGGUUUUAUACAAAGCAAAAGAUAUUUGCUUGUACUGGAUGAUGUGUGGGAUGAUAAACAAGAGAAUUGGCAAAGGUUGAGAUCUGUAUUAGCCUGUGGAGGAACAGGUGCUUCAAUUUUGAUCACUACUCGUCUGGUAAAGGUUGCAGAAAUCAUGGGAACAAUACCACUGCAUGAUAUAUCAAAGCUAUCUGACAAAGAUUGUUGGGAAUUGUUUAAACAACGAGCUUUUGCACCAAAUGAGGAAGAAGCCGCGGAGCUUGUGGUCAUUGGACUAGAGAUAAUAAAAAAGUGUGGGGGAGUGCCUCUUGCGGCAAUCGCACUAGGAAGUCUAUUGCGUUUUAAAAGAAAGGAAACCGAGUGGCUCUUUGUGAAGGAAAGCAAGUUGUGGAGCUUACAAGAUGAAGAUUAUGUCAUGCCUGCCUUGAGAUUGAGUUACUUGCAUUUGCCUGUAAAACUAAGACAAUGUUUUGCCUUAUGUGCCUUAUUUUCUAAAGAUGAAAAAAUAAGCAAGCAAUUUCUAGUUGAGCUUUGGAUUGCAAAUGGCUUUAUUUCAUCCAAUGAAAAGUAGGACGAGGAAGAUAUUGGUAAUGGGGUGUGGAAUGAAUUAUACUGGAGAUCAUUUUUUCAAGAUAUUGAGACGGAUAAAUUUGGCAAAAUUACAAGUUUCAAGAUGCAUGAUCUUGUUCAUGAUCUUGUUCAAUCAGUUUCAGAAGAGGUGUGCUGCAUUACAGAUAACGAUGACAUGCCUAGUACGUCUGAUAAAAUCCGCCAUCUCACAUUUUAUAAUAAAGGUUCAUUGAUUGAAGUGGAUUCAACCCGGUUGCAUAGCAUCAAGUCGUUGAAGACCUACGUGCCACCGUCUGGUUGUUGUCACAUACAUUUACCUCAUAUAUUGAAAUUUUAUUCUUUACGGGCUCUUGAUUUCAAAUAUAUUAAAGAUGUUCCCUCUUCAAUUAGUCAUUUAAAAUAUCUAAGGUAUUUGAACCUUUCUUGGGGUGACUUUGAAACUCUUCCAGACUCGAUAUGUAAGUCGUGGAAUUUGCAGGCGUUGAAGUUAGACAGAUGUUAUCGCCUCCGAAACUUGCCUGCUAAUUUGAUACGCUUGAAAUCUUUACAACAUCUAUCUUUGAUUGACUGCUACAACUUAUCAAGUUUACCACCCCAAAUAGGGAAGUUGACUUCCCUGAGAACUUUGAGCAUAUAUGUCGUCGGCGAGAAAAGAGGGUCACUUUUGGCAGAGCUAGGGCAAUUGAAUCUUAAAGGAGAGCUUCACAUUAAGAACCUUGAGAGAGUGAAAUGCGUAGAAGAUGCUAAAGAAGCCAAUAUGUUAAGCAAGCACCUAGACAUUUUGAAGUUGUCAUGGGGGGGAACUAAAAUGUAUCAAUUACAAGAAAAUGUUGAGCAGAUUCUUGAAGUGCUUCAACCUCAUACCCAAGAGCUUCAAGAAUUGUGCGUGAAAGGAUAUCCAGGUGCCCAUUUCCCACAAUGGAUGUGUGGUCUUGCUCUAAAAUAUAUAAAGUGUUUAUUUCUUAAUGAUUGUGAAAAUUGUCUAGCCCUUCCACCAUUGGGGAAACUACCAUUUCUAAAGAAACUAAGUAUAACUAACAUGUGUCGCGUAAUAUACAUAGACAAAGAGUCCUAUGAUGGUGGAGUUACAGGAGGUUUCAUAGCACUAGAGUAUCUGCGGUUGUCUUAUUUGCCAAACUUACUAAAAUUAUCAAGUGAGAAUGGAGAAAAUAUGUUCCAACACCUUUUUGAACUUAAUAUAGAUGAAUGUCCUAAUUUGUUGGGUUUGCCUUACCUUCCAUCUCUCAAGGAUAUGUAUAUAUCAGGAAAAUGCAAACAUGAAUUACUAAGUUCAAUUCAUAAACUUGGUAGUCUUGAAACCCUUCAAUUUUACAGGGUUGAAGAUCUAACACGUUUUCCACAUGGGAUGCUAGGAAAUCUCACUUCUCUUAAGACAUUGUUUCUUUGGCAUUGCUCAAAAAUAGAAAGUUUGGAUGAGGUUUUACAACAUAUGACUUCCAUUCAAUUGUUAACAUUGAUUCAUCUUCCAAACUUGGCAUCCUUACCUGACUCGUUAGGAAACCUUAGUUCGCUUUUCAGUCUACAAAUUUCAGAUUGUCCGAAGUUGAAGUGUCUUCCAAUGUGCAUUCAAAACCUUAUGGAUUUGAAACAUUUGGGAAUUUUUGGUUGUCGUGAGUUAAAGAAACGGUGUGAAAGGGAAAUAGGCGAGGAUUGGCAAAAAAUAUCUCACAUUCAAGAUAUUCAAAUAUCUAGUUUCUAAUUAAUUUGAAGAGGAGAAUACUAUAUAUUUGCAGGGUGGUGCAUUUUGCUCUCAGGAUCUAAUUUCAGCACAAAAUUUCUUCAAUUGAUCAAGUUGAGAAACACAUUGAUAGUGAGUUGAAUUUUACUUCAUUUGUACUUUUUCUUUUCCAUUUGUAAUUUAAAUAAUGUGUAAAUUUACGCUUUUUUAAGAAAAAUUGAAAGGGCAGAACCAUCAUUAUAUAUUUUACAUUCAAAAACAAGCAAUAAAAAAAAAACCUUUUAUUGGAGAAUUCAAGUUUUAUAUGAGAAACUAUUUAAACAAAGUUCUCAUUUAAAGGUCUUUUUAAAAAAAUUCUUGUUAAUUUUUUUUAACAAAAUGAUGAUACACACUAGCUUAAUGAAAUCUAUGUUGUGUUGUGAGGGGGAGCUUCAUUGGUUGGAUUAACACAUUGGGCUUUGAGAGUAACAUCAAACAAGUGAGUUGGACACCACACCUCAACUCUUCUAACCAAUAUAAUAUGGGACUUAAUUCACAUCUGAUGUAUCUCAAUAUCUCGUCUCAAGUGUGAGUUACCACUUUUGGGCUUGAGGUCUCACUAGUUGGAUCAAUACAUCGGACAUUGGGAGCAACCAUGUGAUAUAAGUGAGUUGGACACCACAUCUUCAUCUAAAAUUUUAAGGCAUUAAGCUAACGGGUCCUCUUACUUAUUUCUUGUUUAACCCUAACUUUUCCAACCAAUGUGAAAAUUAACUCACACUUAAUAUAUCUCAACGAUAUAUUUAUCAUGGUAUGCGGUUUUCUGCUCUUGUUCAACAAUCAACGUAUAUAAAAAAUGAUAAAAAAAAACUUGUUCAACAAUCAAUCCAUAUAAAAAAUGAUAAAAAAAAAA